UGGUUUCCAACCGGAUGUUUAUGUCUUUCCUAUGCAUAGUCUACGGAGCUCCAGUGUUGGUGCAAUGAAAAUAUCCAACGCAUCAAAGUUUUACGUAACUAUUGGAAGAUUUUGGCCGUUUGUUCACGUGUUAUGUUAACGUGUCAGAGACAGACAGAUAGUACCUGUCUAUCUGUCUGAGCUCUGCCCUCCUCUCCACCAUCUGCCGUUGCCAGGGUUUCCGUGUACUCGCUGCUGGGGCGAGCGGAGGCGCGUGAGUGUCACACAAACUGCCAGACAUGGCGGCGGAGCCACAGCCACACUGGAUUUCUGCUCUUCCGUCUUCUUGGAGUUACGGUGUUACUCGAGAUGGACGGGUCUUCUUUGUUAACGAAGAAGCCAAGAGUACAACCUGGCUGCAUCCAGUCAGCGCCGAGGCAGUGAUCACCGGCCACAGGAAAACUCCAGACUUACCAACAGGAUGGGAAGAAGGAUUUACCUUUGAGGGGGCACGGUGCUUCAUCAAUCACAAUGAGCGGAAGGUGACCUGCAAGCAUCCUGUCUCUGGUUUACCCUCACAAGACAACUGCAUCUUUGUUGUAAACGAACAAUCUGCCAUCAAAGCCCCGACGAAUGAGAAGAAGGACAAAGCACGAAGCAUCAUGAGUGAGGUCUCUAACGAUACGAUGGUCUCGGACCCCGCCGCAAACUCCAGCAGCCCUGCAGGCAGACCCUCAAGGCCUUCCAAAAAGAUUCACAACUUUGGAAAAAGAUCCAAUUCCAUCAGGAGAAAUCCCAAUGCUCCCGUGGUGAAGAGAAACUGGCUUUAUAAACAGGACAGUACGGGAAUGAAGUUGUGGAAGAAGCGGUGGUUCGUGUUAUCCGACCUGUGUCUCUUCUACUACAGAGAUGAGAAGGAGGAGGGAAUACUUGGCAGCAUCCUCCUACCAAGCUUCCGUAUAUCCAUGCUAUCUGUGGAUGACCACAUUAAUAGAAAAUAUGCCUUCAAGGCGACACAUCCCAACAUGAGGACCUACUAUUUUUGCACAGACACCGCCAAAGAAAUGGAGUCUUGGAUGAAAGCGAUGACAGACGCAGCACUUGUGCAUUUGGAGCCGACCAAGAGGAUGGAACCUGUAAAAGUAGAGCAGUGUGGUCCACAAGAAAUCAGCCACAUUGAGAACCACACGCAGCCCCUCACGCAACCUGAAAUCCUAAACAAUGAACGCAACCGUGGGGCUAACUUGGAGAGAACUCCGACCACUGUGACAAAAGAAGAGAGGAGGCCACAAGAUGCUGAACGCUACGGUUUCCCAACGGAGGGCAGGGACCGCGAGCGUCCACUCACUAAGAUCAACAGCAUCAAACUGCAGCCCGCGCAGGCUGCAGCUAUCAAAACCAACAUCGCCUCACCGCAAACACCCACCGAGGCGGAUGGGUCGGCCCAUCAUAGCCUGCAGGUUAACGGAUCAGGGGAACAGAGUCCGGCUGAUGCGGCGCGUGUCCCUCUACAGCAGAGUACUCCCAAUGAACCAGACCGGACACUGAGCAGGACCAGCUCCAUGCAGCAGCUGGAGCAGUGGGUUCGGACACAAAGAGGACGCAACCAGGAUGAUGACACCAGGAGCAUCACAUCGUAUCAGACACUGCCCAGAAACAUGCCGAGCCACCGGGUGUCUUAUAUGCCUCAUUAUGGAGAUGGCUAUCGCAGUAUGCCCAGGAACAGCAUGGCACAGCGGGACAGCAUCUGCAGUAUGUCUCCGUCGUUGUAUGACCAGCUCUUGGGCUCCUCCGCGCCGGACAAGCGGCGCUCCAUGCGCGAUGACACCAUGUGGCAGUUGUAUGAAUGGCAGCAGCGGCAGGCCUACACUCGGCAGCCAGGGCUGUACAACAAUAUGAGCAGCCCCAAAACAAUGAUCAACCUAUCAGAACAUGCGGCCCCGAAUCGCUCCAUCCCCCCGUCACCCUCCCAUGGUUCCCUGUCCAUGUACAACACAUACUCUCCAAUGAGGUCCUACAACAUGAACGACGUUUCCUCUCCAAACUACAGAAGAGACCUGAGCCUCGACAGACGGCAGCGUCCUAUGAACAAGUACGUUUACCCGCCUGAUAGACGGUCCAUGCCUACAGGGAUGCCAGUCCAGACGAUCACUGCCCAGUCUCUCCUUGGCAAAACACCCGAGGAACUGACUCUGCUGCUGAUAAAGCUGCGGCGGCAGCAGGCAGAGCUAAACAGUAUCCGGGAGCACACUGUAGCACAGCUUAUGCAACUAAACAUGGAUGGCGACAACCCAAAGAAUGAUGUUCUUUCUCAUCACCUCCAAAGGAACCUCAUGUUUUUGGACAAUCAGAUGAAGGAAAAUGACCCUUUAAUCGUCAUGACUCACUCUUUGAUUGAGAACUCUGCCCCAAGGCCACAACUGUACCAGCAAUUCAGUCAAGAUGAUUACAGAGACUCUGCCUAUAGCAGUUUGCCAGGAGAGGUGGACACUGAUACCAAACUAAGCAGGUUGUGUGAACAGGAUAAAGUGGUGAGAACACAGAAGGAAAAACUUCAGCAGCUCUACAGAGAGAAGCACACCCUGGAGACAGCACUGCUGUCGGCCAGCCAGGAGAUAGAGAUGGGCUCUGAUAACCCGGCUGCCAUGCAGAGCGUCAUCCAGCAGAGAGACUUGCUGCAGAGCGGCCUGCUCAGCACCUGCAGGGAGCUUUCCAGAGUCACUGCUGAGUUUGAGCGUUCUUCAAGGGAGUACGACAAGUUGGAAGGAGAUGUGAUUCAGUCUAAGAACAACCUGCUGGAGCAGUUAGAAGAGCUGGGAAACCCUCAGACGGAGCCACCCAGCCAGCAGCACGCUCGCAUCCAGAAAGAACUGUGGACGAUUCAGGACGUGAUGGAAGCCCUGAAUAAAAGCCAAGCCCAGAGAAGUGCUGUUGAGGGGACAGGAUUCUAUGGAACUAAGAACAGCUUCAGUAAUCAGAAAAAUGAGGAGGAAGAUGCUGUACCCCCACGGCCACCUCUCCCCCGCUCUUAUGAGCCCAACCCCUCCACUGGGCUGCCCAUGCCCUCUCACACUGGAGGGCGCUCCUCAUCACUCCACAGAGUGGAGGACAGGAAGUCCAAUCACAGGAAUGGCACUCACAGUGGUCCAGACUACAGGCUGUAUAAGAGUGAACCUGAGCUAACCACAGUCACUGAGGUGGAUGAAAACAACGGAGAGGACCGCUCAGAACAUCCAUCUGACAGAGAGCAUUUAGGAAGCAAAGGUUUAUCAUACCCAGUUGGUGUUGUCCCUCCUAGAACCAAAUCUCCAGUGCCUGAGUCUUGCUCCAUCGCUUCCUAUGUUACGUUAAGGAAGACCAAGAAGCCAGAACCUUUGACGGAUCGACCACGCAGUGCGGUGGAGCAGAUGUGCGCUGCAGAGUCUGGCCGACCGAGGAUGAGCGUGGAGGAGCAGUUAGAGAGAAUCCGUCGGCAUCAGCAGGGUGCCCUUAAAGAGAAGAAGAAAGGCCUCAGUGUCCGGGACAACCUGCCCACUCGAAGUCAAUCGUUUAACAGAGACACACGCAGCGUGCAGUCCCACAUGAGACGCAGAGAUGAGGUGAUGAGCAGUGACAUCCAGGCGCUGGAGGCCUCUCUGAGACGGCAGGACUUGGUGAGGGAGCAGGAGACACCGGCUGAGGAGAUUGCACGUCUCAAAGAAGCGUCACAGACCGACCACUUCAAUGUAGACCGAGAGCUGUCUUUGCCCGACAAAGUGCUGAUUCCUGAGCGUUACGUAGAGUCAGAACCAGAGGAGGCUCUGAGUCCAGAGCAGGAGGCUGACAAGCAAAGGAAGGUUGACCGCAUCAAAGCCCUCAUAGCAAGAAACAGCAUGCAGAAUACACUACCCGGUGUGCCUCUGAGCCCUGAGGAGGAGACUGAGGAGGAGGUGAACGUCCAGGAGAAGGAGAAGAUGAUUAAUAUCUCCUACGAACUGGCAGCUGAGGCUUCCAAACGCAGCAAGCUGGUAGCAGUGAACAGCCUGUCACCUUCAUCACUACCUAUUCCACCGUUGCCUAACUCGCCCCCUCAGCUCACUGACGGCUCUCACUUCAUCACAGGCUCUGGCCUCAGUGAAAUCGUACACAUGAAGGAAACGAUGGGGGAAGUAUCGACAUGAUGCGGUUCACUCCGACCCAAAGACGUCAGCACAACCCGUGGAGAGUAAGACUGGCCCGCUCUUUUUAAUGGGCUACUCAUAGACACAUCACCUAAACUUCACUGUGAUGUCCUAAACCCCUGUGCCACCAUCACCACACACACUUGGUUCUGUGAUAUCUCACUGCAGUUGCUUGGAGACGUCUUUACGUUGUGGUUCUCAUCUUUUAAUCAGAAUUCCUUUUUUCUCCUCUGCUUUUUAUUAUUUAAAUGGUUUUGUAAGGUUUGAUUCUCGGCCGGUGUCUGUUUACAUCUAUUAGGCUGAUAAACCAAGCUGUGUUUUCUAACUGGGUUUGUGAUGACAUUUACUUUCAACUGCUGCAUUUCUAUUGUCUUUUAAAAAGAUGUGCUUUCAAAUCAUUUAGGUUCAUGAUAGUCUCUUAAUAGUCACACAAAGGCCACGUUUAUUUGUUUAUUACACCGAACAUACAGUAUGUCCAUACAAAACAUUGGUGCAUCAAAGAUAUAUACUGUAGGUUCAUAUAAAUGAAAGGAGGAGCCUCCUCUCUUCUUCAUUGAUUGUCGUUUUUUUGCAGUCUGACACUUGCAAACCUUUCUAAUCUUUAGCCAAUAUUGGUUACAUCGUAUUUAAUGUGUUAAACUCCUGUUAUAAUGGAAUGCCCUUAAAGUAUCUGUUUAAAAAACAAAAAAAAAAAAUGUUGAAGUGAUGACCUUUCUCCCAUUUACACUCCUGAAGCUGAAAAAACACUUGGACAAAAGGUUUUUUGAUUCUGGCCACACUAUGUCAGAUGGCAGCUGCAGGAAACCCCCUUAUAUAAUUUCAGUGACGGUCAAGUCAGUGAGAGAAGGGCAAACCACAGAUUUGGUCUGUUCGGUUUUGAAGACAGAAACUGUGAUUAUUACAGUAUUUUAAGGGCUUUAGAACCCAGAUUUUUUUUAUAUAUGUUGGUGUUCAUAAGGAUGAAAAGAGUAUUUUACAAGUAACGUUUUAGCAAGCAGACUUUAUAGCUUAAAGGCAGAGAGAUAUUUAAAUUGAAAAACAUAACUUUCCCCCCUAUUUUAUCAUAUAUGAGUUUGACAAAUAUAUAUAUUAGCACAUGUAAAAAGCAAUAAAACUGUUUGUGAAUAAAAGAUUUUUUUUGUUUGUAAAAAGUGUAAUUAUCAAAGAUUUACUGUGUAUAUAAUGUACAUGGUAGAGCAGGAUGGAAGGAUGUAUCCAACAUGGUUAUGUUCUAUAUUUGAUUUGGAAAUGUUCAUAAACCAUCUGUUUUAUAACAUGUUGAAUAAAUGUUGCCAUUUUUAAUGUAUG